GGAAAUGGUACCAACGAUCGUGUUAUGUUUUGUUGAAGUCAUGCCACCUUCUUGAAAAGAUCGUUAGAUAGUUAAUUAUACAAUUUGACAACUGCAUUGUAUUCUCUAGUGAUUGCUGUAGUCAUGAACGAGUGGCGUCAGAAAAAACCACUAGAGUGGUAUAAAUACGUUAACAAAGAAGUGAUGGUGACAGCAGACGAAAAACAACAGUAUCAAGGAUGGGUUUUUACCGUGGACCCAGUCUCUGCAAGUAUCGUCCUGGUGAAUUUUAAGGAGACCGGGAAGGCUUCUGUCACGGCUGUGAUGGGUCAUGCAGUGGAAGAAGUCAAGAUCCUGAGAGAAGGAGACGAUGCAAUGGUGGGGCGAUUGAACUCUGUAUUCAUGCCAGAGCGAAGUAAAGUUCUCACGAAAGAGGAGUUGCAGUGCAAGAAAGAAUGCGUGCGCGCAUGGCUGGAGAAAAACCGGAUCCCAGUUACUGAGGAGGGCGAGAUGCUGUGUGUUGCUGGAGUAUUAACGGUUAAUCCCCCGUACGGGCCACAGGACUGCAGUAGUUCCAAUGAAAUUAUUUUGUCUAGAGUGCAGAGUCUUUUGGAGAGUAAUCCUGGGCCCGAACACAAGCAAUGAUGCAUCCGACCUUUUAUGCGAGAGAACAGCACUUGUUACUUCCAUUACACAGAUGUUAUGUACGUUAUUUUGUGCAAAUUUGGUAUACACCCAAGUACAGGUUUGAUUUUUCUGUAAUGUGAUAUAUAGUUUUUGUGACCAAAAUGUAUUGUUCUUGAA